AUGCUUCAAGAGCAUAACAAAAAGAGAAGUGUUCAUGGUGCACAGAAAUUACGUUGGUCAAUCGAGGUUUUCAACUAUGCUGCUCAAUUUGCUCAAGAAUACAACUGCUCUGGUACAUUGCAACAUUCGGGUGGGAAAUACGGAGAAAAUUUAGCUUACGGUUAUACUCCAAUUGGUGCAAUUAACGCAUGGUAUGAAGAAGGUGAUAACUACCCUUAUGGCUCAGAGAGUAUUUACAAUCACUUCACAGCUUUGAUUUGGAAUGAUACAAACUCCAUUGGUUGUGCAUAUAAAAGUUGUCCCAAUGGUGCAUUGUACAUUACUUGCAACUAUAACCCGCCAGGAAACGUUAUUGGCUAUUGUUCAAAAAACGUCUUCCCGCCUAUUUGA